UUAGAAGUUAUUCUGAUAUUCCUUCUUAAUUGGCUCGAUAACUUAUGAGGAAAAGUUUUAUUUGUAUAAAUAUGGUUACUCAUCUCUUGCUGUGAAAAAAAAUGUGGCUAGUUUCAGGUCUUUUGUGCACAUUUUCUGUCGUAAUUGGGCUAGAAAUUUUAGCUUGACCUGGCAACCCUGCUGGAGAGAGAAAGAGAGGGAGCAAAAAAAGGAAACGUCGGAUGCUGAAGAGCGGGAGGUUGGGUCGACUCGACCGAUAAGUUUCACAUUUAGAGCAAUCUCUGAGACAUUUAUUUUGCAGAUAGUUGAUUGUUAGAGUAACAGAGAAGCUAUAUCGUAGUUCUUUAUUGACAGGAAACGAGGAGCUAAUUUAUUAGGGUGAGUUGCUAGCCAGCUAACGUUAGCUUGCUAGCAUCCAAGCGCGAGAUCAGAAUCUGCACCGACGCACUAUCAUCAUUGGAUGCAAAACAUCGGAGCCGUGCAGCCUCCGUGCGCGAGGAAAUAUUCUGGUUAUAUUGACAAGAACUAGCCAUCAUCGGAAGCUUCCAGGUACAAGGGGAUGAGUGGCGAUGAGAUGAACCCAGCAGCAGUGGCCCAGGCAGUGGAGGAUAUACAGGGAGACGACCGCUGGAUGUCCCAGCACACGCGGUUUGUUCAGGAGUGUAAGGAUGCAGAGCCAGAGGUGCUGUUUAUUGGAGACUCCAUGGUACAGCUAAUGCAGCAGUACGAGAUCUGGCGGGAGCUCUUCUCUCCUCUGCACGCGCUCAACUUUGGCAUCGGGGGAGACACCACCUGUAAUGUGCUGUGGAGGCUGCAGAAUGGAGAACUGGAUAACAUUGGGCCUAAGGUGAGACUCAAACAGGUGACGGUGGUGUGGGUAGGAACCAACAAUCAUGAGCAUUCGGCAGAGCAAGUUGCAGGGGGAAUCCUUGCCAUUGCACAACUGCUCACCUCCCGUCUUCCUAAGACUAAGGUUGUUGUUCUGGGUCUGUUGGCACGGGGCGAGUGGCCCAACCCGCUGCGGGAGAAGAACGUGGCGGUGAACAGCUUCCUGCGUUCCUGGCUGCCACGGCUGGGCCAGACCCAGUUCCUUGAUGUGGGGGCAGGCUUCGUGCACUCUGACGGAACCAUCUCCACCCGGGACAUGUUUGACUUCCUGCACCUGACAGCCUCGGGCUACCGGGCCAUCGCCAAGCCCCUCAUUGACCUGCUGCUGCAGAUACUGGAGGAGACGCCUGAGGAAAAGAGGGCCUCGCUGGUCUGAGGGCCACGACCCAGGGGCCACACACCCACACAGCCAGGGGCAUGCCUCACUCAUUCACUCUGCUGGGGAGUAGCUGGAAUUUGCCUAAAACCACUCAUCCAGGAUCUGGUCCUAGAUCUGAUCUGUUCCUAGAUCUGAUCUGGUCCUAGAUAUAUCCUAGAUCUGAUUUGGUCCUAGGUCUGUUGUUAGGGGCAAGAUCUGUGGCAACUUCUACCUCUACAGGGAACGUGGGGAGGGGGGGUAGUCAGAGGUGAGGCAUGCUCCUGUCUAUUGAGAUGGGGUCAGAUCAAGAUGUCACUUGCUGGGCCAAGCAGAGAGAAUGGGCACUCAUAUGAGUGGAACUGGAACUGCAGGAGAGGAGGGGGAGUGCAUGGGUUCAUGUGCAUGUGUGCAGGGAGACAGAGUUGACGGUGUGGAGAAGUGAAAGAGAGAGAGACAACAAUACUUCCAGAGACAUCGUACACGCUGUAGCAGCAACAGAGGAUAGAGAGAGAUCGGACACCUGCACAAGCUGUAUAGAGAGGCUAAUGGUAAACAUGCAUAGACUCUGAGAGAAGAGAGACACACACACAGACACUGUAGUAGACUCUAAAAUGUCAGCUUUGCCAAUUGAAAUGUAAAUUAGCUUCCUACUUGGGCACAGCUUAACAGCACAGUAAUAAACACUCCUAUACGUUCCCUCUCAGAAAUCCGUUUGAGUUGGCUCCAUAUGCCUCAGUCUAAACCAACAGCUCUUUAAAAGCUCUAAACCGCCAUCCGAGUACCAACUGUAAUCCUCUCUCCUCCCUCCCUCAAUCUGUGUCGUGGGAGGAUAGUCCAGCUAUCCUCCCAUACCUGCCUUCUGCCACACACACACACACACACACACACACACACACACACACACACACACACACACACACACAAUCGGCUCUCUCUCCCUUUCUUACACAUAGGAAACUACACUCUCUCCUACAGACUCCAAUACCUGCUUACUCUGUCUCUCGCCUACUCUUCAUUUCUGUCCCUAUUUUGUCUCUUUGUGUGUAGUAUACAGAACUCCGACCCAUCCCUGUCCGCACUACCACCUGCCUCCUAACGUAUGACAUUGUCGCAGGACGUCUUAAACAGUAGCAUCAUGAUAAAGCUACUGACAUAGAAUUACAUAGAUUUAAUAGUCUACUACUACACUAAAACCCAACCACAGGUCACAACCCUGUUUUGUCUCUUCCUGGUGCAGUUGAACUGAAGUGGUUUCUGAGGUCCUCUUGCUCUCAUGUUACUAGCUACCGUCUUUAAGGAAAUGUAGCUUUUUUUUUUACAACCAAAUCUCUGUUUUGAUGUAAAUGGCAAAUUUAUAGAAGGGUUCAAACCCUUUUUAUUUAUUUUUAUUUUUUGCGAUUUCACUUGAUUUUGAGAAACUUACCCCAGCCAUAAUUUCCUCGUCCUCGUUGUGCAGUACUGGAGCUCUGAACAAAUGCUCCAAAAACACCCAAAUACAUCCUUUUAUAAACGGAAACGCUCUCACUAUAGUGAUGCAGGUCUUUUGAACUUUAUGUGCAACUUUAUAUUCCGUUUUGUGCAACUCAAGCCGUCAAGCCCCUAUCCAGCUGUUCCAUUCUCCAUGUAGCCUGCUGCUAGAAUGGGCGGAGAGAUAUCACUCGAGUUGUCUGUUUCACGUGUACAACAUCUAAAGACCUGCAUCACUAUACUGAGAGCUUUUCUGUUUCUUAAAGGAUGUAUUUGGGUGUUUUUGGAGCCUUUGUUCACGUUUUUUUGGAGCCCCCGUACUGUACAACGAGGAUAAGGAAGUGAAUCGCUGGUUGGGGUAAGUUUCUCAAAAACAAGUGAAAUCACCAAGUGUCUGGACAUGCCAUAUAUAUUUAAAAAAAUGUAUUUGGUUGUAAAAAGCUAAAUUGUCCUUUAAGCUCUACACGUAUUCUUCGUGUGUGUGUGUGUGUGUGUGUGUGUGUGUGUGUGUGUGUGUGUGUGUGUGUGUGUGUGUGAGAACCUUCAACACUGGCUUGGGUGAGAAGUGUGUACAGUAUGUGUCGCUUAUGGUUGUAUGACUGUUUAGAAGUGACCCAUUUGUAUAUAAUACAUAUAUGUGAAGCUUGGAUAGAUGGCCUUGUAUUGCGGAUGUGGUAGUGUUUGUAAGAUAAUUAACGUUAGUGAGUAUCUGUAUUUGGUGCAAACUGCGCUAUAUUUGGCUUAUUCUCACAUGCUUAAGUGUUCCAAUAAAGGACCAUGAAUGUA